UAAAGUAUAUAAGACAGUUUUUCCAUGCAAAAAGAAACUUCAAGGAUUCAGAGUGAGAAAAAAAGGAGAUGGAUCACCAUUGCAGACAGCCUGACUCCAGUGAUAACAGCGGCGCUUCAGAUAAGCGUAGUGAUCUUCCUCCUUUUAACUGUAACAGGAAUCGACCAGAGAAUCCGCGAUCAAGUCAUGAUGCCAAACUAUUGAAUCCAGGUCCUCCAGCGAUUUACCGUCUGAACACUGAAAGAAAAUAUAUUGAUGGGACUGAUAGAAAGGUCAGACGAUGGACAUAUGGACGAAGAGACGGAAACAAGCAGAACAAAGUCAUACUGAUUGUGGGAGAAACCGGUGCUGGGAAAACCACCCUCAUCAACACCAUGAUCAACUACUUUCUGGGAGUGAAGUUUGACGAUCAAGAGUUUUAUCAAAUCACAGAUGAAGAAGAAGAAAAUAAAGAUCAAUCGCAAUCCCAGACAUCUGUAGUCACUGUUUACGAGGUGUUUGCUGAAAAGAAUCCAACAUCUCUGACCAUCAUUGACACUCCAGGGUAUGGAGACACUGAAGGAUACGGGAAAGACAGAGAGAUUUCUGAAUAUCUGACCAAAUUAUUUUCAGAUAAGGAUGGGAUUCAUUAUAUUGAUGCAGUGUGUUUUGUGAUGAAGGCUUCUCAGAAUCGUCUCUCUGGAAAAGAGCUUUACAUAUUUCACUCAGUUCUGUCUCUGUUUGGUAGAGAUAUAGAGAACAACAUAGUGUUUCUUCUCACACAUUCAGAUGGAGGACCUCCAACAGAUGCUCUCAGUGCAAUUAAUAAGGCAGAAAUACCCUGCAGAAAAGAUGAAGACAAUGAACCUGUUCACUUCUUAUUCAACAAUCGACAUAAAGAGAAAAGAGACAAACGGUAUGAGCGAGUUUUGAAGGCAUCAUGGGAAAUGGGAGAUGAAAGCAUGGAUAAGUUCUUGAAACUUGUGGAAGAAAGGAACAGAAAAGAUGUUCAGAUGACAUUAGAUGUUCUGAAAGAGCGAAAACAACUUGAGGCCCGUGUCUCUAAUCUGAUGGACCGAAUCAAUGAGAAGGAUCUAAAAAUAAAAGAACUGGAUGAGAUUCAGGAAGCCCUCAAAGAGAACAGAGACAAGAUUGAGAGAGGUGAAAAGUUUCAGUUUAAAGUCACAAAAUCCUACAAAGAAAAAGUCACCAUUGCAAAAGAACCGUGGUGGAACAAAAACGCAACCUGCUGCUCCGUCUGUGAGGAAAACUGUCAUGAGUGGGAAUGCUCAUGGGCACUAAAUGCCUGGUGGUGUUGGGUCAUGAAAAAGAACCACUGCACUGUGUGUACAAGAAGGUGUCAUUACACGAAACACGUCAGAGAAAAUAGUAAAUAUAUGAUGAUAUCAAAGAGUGUCACAAUGACAUUUGAUGACCUCCAAAAACAGUAUGAACGUACUGGUGACCAGAAGGAUACCACAUUUAAUAAAUAUGAAUUUGAAAAAACUAAGAUGGAGCUUGAAAGCAACAAAAAAGUGUCUGAGGAAAAAACUACAAUAAAAGAAAAACUGAGCAGUGAACUGGAGAAGAUUACAAAUGAACAGUCCAAACUGCUGCAUGAAGCUUAUAACACCAUUAUUGGUCUGUCAAAGAUCGCAUUAAAAUCAGACAGCGCUAUGACUCUUCGCCAUCUGGAUUUCUUGAUUAACAGACUGAAAGAUGAGAACAAAGAUGAAUGGAUAAAGAACCUGGAGGGUCUGAGGAAAGCUGGAGAAGAGAAGAAAAAUAAGGGGGCUGUAGAUCAGUUGUCAUUUUUGUCAGGGGCUUGGAAAAAAAAAAAAUAAUGCAACAAAUAUGAAAGUACAAGAAGAAAAAGCAGAACAGAUGAUAUUUUACCUAUUGCUUGAACACUUUCACAUCUAUGUUGAAUUGAAACUCUGCUAUCAAAACCUAACAUUCCUUUGUCAAAUGUCACUGUGAUGACAAAAUGACACACACUUGCAUCAUAUGAAUACACUUUCAGAUCAGGGGGAACACACUAGUCUACUUUAUAUAAAACACUGCAGUCUUUAAUUUUCACUGUUUUUAUUCAGUUCAUCUGUUAGCAUUCUGUGAAGCUCAAUGCAACACUUACAGUUUUUGUUCUUUUUUUCCAACAAAGGUUUUCGCAACAACCAAAUAUGAAAGUACUGAAAGGUACAAAUGACAUCAACUCAAUACUGCACAUCACAGUACUACACUUUACAGUACAGUAUACAGUAAAUGCAGUAACACAAAAAUGAUACAAAAAUAAAACAAAAUACACUACUGUAAAUACAGAAAAACAGGCCAAGCAAUAGGCAAAAACUGUAUUACAGAAAAUAAAAAGAGGGUUUGAGUUUGAUGAUAAAAUUAUUGAAUAUUAGAAACAUUUCUAACAAAACAUACCAAAAACUAAAAAUAUAAAUAAUGCAUUGCUUUGAAAAUGAAGAUGGCAUUCAUUUUAGGUUGGCAUUCUCAAAUCUACAUUUUAGUUACAGUUUUUUCCAACUGCUUACACACGUUUUCAAAACUUUGUCUCUUUUUUUCAAAACUUUACACACAAAUCCAAGAAUUGCACACACAAAAUGCAAAAUGCCUCACAUCUCUUGCAAAAUGAAAAACUGCAUUCAAAAUAUCCCAAACACAUCUCUAAAGCAAACAUUUGUCUCAUUUUGCAAACACAUUUGCCAUAAUAUUUUAUUUUUGGAUAUAUAAUAUACAUAUUUAUUCAAAGCCAAAAGCUCUUCUUUCAUAAGCUGCUAUUUACAUUUCUGUACAAGAUUGAAAGUAAUGGCAGAGAGAUGUUGAGAAAAUUCAUGGUAAGCAUGAAAGCAAGAUUGAAACUUUCGUGGUUGUGAAUACAGUAUUGCACAGUAGAAAAUGAAAUAAAUACAUCAACCAUUUGUAGUUGGGCCAAAAAAAAAAAAACAACAACAAAACUAGCAACCAAAAAAACUAGCAUAAUUUUGAAAAAGGUGAAUAUUCCAAAGGAAUGGUGUGUAGGUGUGUCCUUGUAAGGGACCAAAUGUCCCCACAGGUAAAGUAAGACCAGUGCAUUUUGACUUUGUGGGGACACUUUUAAAGACCCCAUGAGGAAACAAGCUUAUACAUAAAUCAUACAGAAUUAUAUUUUCUGAACAUCUAAAAUAGCAGAAUGUUUUCUGUCAUGGGUAGGUCUAGUGGUAAGGUUAGUGUAGGGGGAUAGAAUAUACAGUUUGUACAGAAUAAAAACCAUUAUGGCAAUGGAAUGUUCCCAUAAAACAUAGAAAUUCAAUCACAUGGAAGCAGGGUCAGUGUCUCCACAUGCCUCCUCCAUUUCCUGGAGAAGUGUUAUGUUGACAUAGGGCAACGAUCAUGCACUUUCCAGCACCAUGUGGAGAAAAAAAAAUCCUCAAUAGGGUUUAGAAAGGAUGAAUAUGGAAGCAAG